AUGUCCGGCUACGACCGAGCUCUUUCAGUAUUCAGCCCUGAUGGACACGUCUUCCAGGUUGAAUAUGCCAUGGAGGCUGUCAAGCGCGGAACCUGCGCCGUCGGUGUCAAAGGCAAAGACAUUGUCGUCCUCGGCUGCGAGAAGCGCUCCGCCCUCAAGCUCCAAGAUACCCGCAUUACUCCAUCCAAGAUCGCUCUGGUCGAUGAUCACGUGUGCCUUGCCUUCGCUGGAUUAAACGCCGACGCCCGAAUUCUCAUUGACAAAGCCCGGUUAGAGGCUCAGUCACACCGUCUGACCGUUGAGGACCCUGUCACCAUUGAAUAUAUCACGAAAUACAUUGCCAGUGUGCAACAGCGUUAUACACAGAGUGGCGGUGUUCGUCCAUUUGGUAUUAGUACGCUGGUGGUCGGCUUCGACAAGAAUGACUCCACACCGCGCCUCUACCAGACUGAACCCUCGGGCAUCUACUCAGCUUGGAAAGCCAACGCGAUCGGCCGAUCAAGCAAGACCGUGCGCGAGUUCCUCGAGCGGAACCACCAGGAUGAGAUGGAUCGCGAGCAGACUAUCCAGCUGACCAUCAAGUCAUUGCUUGAGGUGGUGCAGACCGGCGCCAAGAACAUCGAGGUGGCCAUCAUGGCUCCCGGAAAGCGGGUGGAGAUGUUGCCCGACGACCAGAUCGAGUCUUAUGUUAAGAGCAUUGAGACCGAAAAGCAAGAGGAGGCUGCCAAGAAGAAGACCAGCCGGGGAGGUACUGCCACAACGGCCAUUCUGACUCGGCCCAGUGGUGGUGACGGCGAGUCGGCCGAUUAA